AUGGCCACCCUCAGGUGUGUGUGCCUGCUCCUGCUCUUCACUGUGGGCUCCUGGGCUGAAGAGGAUGCAGAGCUCUCUGUGUCUGAACUGCUGUGGAAGGCCAAUAAGGAUGUGGUUCACAGGGAGGAUGAGCCGUUGGUGAUUGAUGACAUCGCAUAUGAUUCUGAGUCCGAGAGAAAUGCCGAUUCCUGCACCUCCAGAGGCUGUUUAUGGCCCAAGUCCUCUGACGGAAAAGUCUAUGUGCCCUACAGCAUCGCCAGUCACUACUCCUCUAGGGAGCGCUCUAUCAUUGAGCGUGGACUGAACUCUUUCUCAGAGACAACCUGCAUCCGCUUCAUCAAGAGAAAGAACCAAAGGGACUACGUCUACAUCAAGUCUGACAAUGGAUGUUACUCGUUUGUGGGUCGUCGUGGUAAUGGUCAGAACCUCUCUCUGGCCAAAAGCGGCUGUCUCUACCACAGCACAGUCCAACACGAGCUGCUCCACGCACUCGGCUUCAAUCACGAGCAGUGCAGAUCUGACAGAGACAACCACAUCAAGAUCCUCUGGCACAACAUCCAGAAAGGCUGGGAGUACGCUUUCGAUAAGAUGAACACUCUGAACCAGGACACACCGUAUGACUACAACUCUGUCAUGCAGUACCACAAAUAUGCGUUCAGUGGAAAUAACCAGCCCACCAUGCAGCCCAUUCCAAACGCCAAUGUGAGCUUCGGAAAAGCCUCCCAGAUGAGCAAGAACGACAUCCUGAGGGUCAACCGCCUCUACAAGUGCUAGAGCAGGACUGGGUCAGACCUGGAUCAGCAAACAACAGCCAGGUCUGGAGAUUUCAAAGGUUCAUCACAAACUUAUGAAUGUAACUUGUCCUGAAU